GUACAUACACAGAAAUACACACGCACAGACACGUACAUACGUACACAUGUACGUACGUACACACACACACACACACACACACACACACACACACACACACAUGUACAUACACGCAGACACAUGUACAGAUACACACAUGUACAUACACACAGACACAUGUACAAUUGUACAUGCAUUGUACAUACACAGACACACACACACACACACACCACCACCACCACCCCCCCCCCCCCCAUAAAAAGUUGCAGUACUUUGUUGUUCACUCACAGAUCCGGGCACUGCACUCUAGGGGGAGGCAGAGAGCACAGCACACUCUCCUUGCUUUGCUUUCACUGCGCUCAGCUAUUGAGCAGUCUGACGGCUUCCAGUUCUAAUGACAGAUCCGGCCUGAGCUCCAAGCCUGCUCAGCAAGAUGGCCCUGGGGGACACACUGGCCCCCACCAUAAUUUCCACUCGCCAUUGGCGAGCAGGCGAGUGGAAAUUUCAAGCCCUGUU